UUCAUUCUGUUUGAAUUCAGAUUUAGAUAAAAUUUAGGUAUACGUGUCCAUGUGACAUCCCUAGUUGUUGUGGUGCACCUUUUGAAAGGUUCUGUUUAUUAGUUGCUAAAAGUCGCGCUCCGUCUCUGAGCUCGUCCGCCACUAGGGUUUAUCUAGGGUUUACAAGCGGAGCUCUCUUCUCCAAACCCUCCUCCCCCUCCUCCUCCUCCUCCUCCUCCCACCGCGAACCAAUCCAUGGAGACGAAACCCUCGACAGCAACCGCCGCUACCACCAUAGUGGUCGACGAAGAAGAGGAGGAAGAAGAAGAGGAUGCGGCCGAAGCAUGGGGCGAUUGGGAAUCGGGGGCGGAAGAAGACGGAGGCGACUCAUCCCCCAAUUUCCUCUGCUUGUUCUGCGGCUCGCGAUUCGAUUCCACUGCUUCUCUGUUCAAGCACUGUAGUGUUGAUCACGCCUUCGAUUUCUAUGGUGUUGUUAGGGAUAUGGGGUUGGAUUUCUACGGCUCGAUCAAGCUCAUCAAUUAUGUCCGAUCCCAGGUUGCAGAGAACAAAUGUUGGAGCUGUGGUGAGACUUUUCAAUGCAGGGAAGAUGUUCAAAACCACUUACAUGUAGCAAAUAGUUAUAAUAAGGAUGGGAAGGUUUUAUGGGCAGAUGAUUCAUAUCUCAAGCCCUUCAUGGAGGAUGACUCGCUUUUGCAUAGUUUUGCCGUUGAUGAUGAUGAUGAGGAUUGGAAUCCAUCGAUGGAUAAAGAGGAACUAAUGAGGCAACUUAUGAGCAAUGAAGAAUUAGAAGAAUUAUGUCGAAACACCCAUAAUAUGGUAGGUGUCAAAGAUGAAAGAGAGAUUGAGGAAAAGGAGGACCAGUUUGAGAAGAUCACGGUCAACGGCAGUGUUUUGGAGGAUACUUGUGAACCAUUAAAUCAAAAAGACAAUGAGAAGCAAUUAAAAAUCUCUCGUGCUACUCUUGCUGCUAGAGAAAUAAAAAAUGUGAAUGAUGGAUACUUCGGAGCUUAUGGUUCCUUUGGCAUCCAUAGAGAGAUGCUUAGCGACAAGGUAAGAACAGAUGCUUACAGAAGUGCUCUUAUAAAUAAUCCUAGUCUUUUGAAUCAAGCCACUGUCUUAGAUGUUGGUUGUGGCACAGGAAUACUAAGCCUUUUUGCAGCGCAAGCUGGGGCUUCUAGAGUGAUUGCUGUUGAAGCAAGUGCAAAAAUGGCUACUGUUGCUACUCAAAUUGCAAAAGAUAAUGGUUUAUUGGCUGACGAGAGCUUGAAAUGUGAAGAUAAAAAGGGUUCUAAAGUAAUUAGUGUGGUCCAUUGUAUGGUUGAAGAGCUAGACAAGCAUAUACAAGUUCCACCUCGUGGCAUUGAUGUGCUAGUGAGCGAGUGGAUGGGCUAUUGUUUGCUUUAUGAAUCUAUGCUAAGUUCGGUUCUAUAUGCACGCGAUCAUUUUCUAAAACCUGGUGGGGCUAUUCUUCCGGAUACUGCAACCAUUUUUGGUGCGGGAUUCGGAAGAGGCGGGACAAGCCUGCCAUUUUGGGAUAAUGUGUACGGCUUCGAUAUGUCAUGCAUCGGCAAAGAGAUUGCUGAGGAUGCAGCUCGUGUUCCCAUGGUCGAUAUAGUGGAACCUCAAGAUAUUGUGACGGAGUCGGCUAUGCUCCAUUACUUCGAUCUAGCCACAAUGACACAAGAAGAGAUGGACUUCACCUCGAGCUUCGAGCUCAAACCGAGACCCGAUAAUGCCAGACUAACAUGGUGCUACGGCAUCGUCCUAUGGUUCGAGACCGGCUUCACCGCCCGGUAUUGCAAAGAGGCGCAAGCCAUCCUUUCGACCUCCCCGCACUGCCCCAAAACCCACUGGUCUCAGACCAUCUUCACCUUCAAAGAGCCGAUUGCCCUAACGACAGUUGAAUCGAUCGACGAUUCGUCCGCACCAGUUGGCUCUCGCGAGUGCCCUGCGUCGACCAUCAGAUCUCGUAUAAGCAUCGUAAGGUCUUCUGCUCACCGCAGCAUCGAUGCGUCGAUCGAGACGACGGCGGUCGGAUCGGACGGCCGGAAACGGAGCUGGCCUGCUCAGAUCUUUAAUUUGUGAUCGGUGUUUCCUCGUGCCGGGAGCUGAAUUUCGACUUUGCGACCGAUAAAUCUGUUGCUUGUUGCGAUGGGUCAAGUUUUUGAUUUGCAAUUACAUGCUUGUAUUAUUACUAUUUUCAUUAUUUUAUUUUUCGAAUCUCGAGAGAAAAAUGGCAAAGUUCCGAUAGGUUGAUAA